AUGAUUUCCUCCAGCUCCAUCUGCUUCCGGUGCAGAGCUGCCGUCCACCGGCCCGUUUCGCAGCUCGUCUCAUUCCAACAUCGCAAAGCCGCUCUAUCAACCAAAGCUUCAACUGCGCACAAAAUUCUCGCUCAGCCAACGUGGUCUGUCCGCUCACUUCUAGCUGACAGUGACGCGUCGCCCGCCGAGACCAUUACAUCUGCACAGCUACAUCACCUGCUCAAGCUAUCUGCGCUACCGCUUCCCAAAUCGGAGGAGGAAGAGGCAUCGAUGAUUGCGACCUUGCAAAGCCAGCUACAUUUCGUCAAAGCGGUCCAACGAGUCGACACUACAGGGCUGGAACCCCUUCAGGCAAUACGAGACGAGACAGAAGGCGGCCGGAGAGAGAGCGCAAUUGGAUUGGACGACCUUAAAGAAGCACUUGCCAAGGAGACGCGAGUAGGCCACUACAAGCGCCCGAGGAGAGUCAAGGAGAAGAUUGAAUCGGAAGCAGAGAACUGGGAUGCUCUUUCUACAGCCUCGAAGAAGGCUGGCAAGUAUUUUGUGGUCGAAAGCGCAAAGAAGCCGUAG